GCCUUCUCUCCGCCAGGGCAUACUUCAAAGUUCCUUAGAAAAGCCAAACUGAGGUUUAUUUUCAUAGCUCCAUAGUUUAUAUGGUGAAAGCAGCCCGGCUUGGAUGUGAGGAUAACAACUUGCUGACGCAGAAAAACGAGCAAAAUGUCACUAAAAACACGUCCGAAUGUGGGGUUUAGAAUAGUCCAUGCCUGAAGAAAGGGAUCUAGUUGAGUGGGUGGCGGUGGAGUCACUGUUAAUUCCGGCUCUAGUAAGUGGCAUGGUAGCCAUCGUGAAGAAGCUCACGUAAUGCUCACUUAAAUAGGCAAAGCUAGCUCCACUGAAGGCCAGUUAAUAACCGAAGAGCUUUUCCAAAGUUUGAUUCCGCGGAAACGUGAAUUCAGGGCCACCGUUGCUAUAGAAUUGUGAGGCGGAAUGGCUUUCUUUUUGUCAAGAAGUAAAAAAUAAUACCAUUAUGCGAGUAAAAAUGAUGCAGCCAUUAAAGAAGACCGUCCGAUAUGUUCCAGAGGAAUCCAAAGACAAAGUUAUCUCAGAUGAAGAUGUCCUAGGAACAUUACUGAAAGUUUUCCAGGCUCUGUUCAUUAAUGAUUUCAAUAAGCAAUCAGAUAUCUUGACUAUGCUUCCAGAAACUGUUAAAUCAAAAUAUCAUGACCUACUGUCAGUUCAACAUCCAAGGGUGAAACUGCUUGAAUACAGACAUCAACAGCAAAAUAUCUUUAAACCAGAAGAAAUUCUUUAUAAGACACUGGGUUUCAGUGUUGCCCGAGCAACUAGCUCAUUGAUUUCUGCUGGAAAAGGUGUCUUCGUUACCAGAGGAUUGGUACCAAAAGGCGCGGUUGUAGCUAUGUAUCCUGGUACAGUAUAUCAGAAGUAUGAGCCAAUCUUUUUCCAAUCCAUUGGAAAUCCAUUUAUUUUUAGAUGCCUGGAUGGGGUACUUAUUGAUGGAAAUGACAAAGGAAUAUCAAAAGUCGUAUACAGAUCUUGCAAUGGGAGGGAUCAACUUGGUCCUUUAAAAAUGAGUGACAGUACAUGGCUAACAUCAGAAAUUUGUAAUCCACUUGCUGUAGGACAGUAUGUCAACAAUUGUUCAAAUGACAGAGCCGCUAAUGUCUGUUACCAGGAAUUUGAUGUGCCUGCAGUUUUUCCUUUAGAGCUAAAACAGUAUCUUCCAAACAUUGCCUACAGCUGUGACAAACAAAGCCCACUUCGAUGUGUCAUUCUUGUAGCACUCAGGGACAUCAAACAAGGAGAAGAGCUUUUUUCAAACUACUAUACAAUUGUCAGCUAACUAUGAAUUAGAAAUUAGGUUUUCUAUUCAGCUAUUUAUUCUGAAUGUUUUUGUUAAUUGUAUCUCUGAGUUCCACCUAUAGAACAAAUAUUUUGAGGCCUAAUUGGAGUGGGAAUUUUUUUUUUAUUGAUGUUAAUGUGUUUAUAUUAAAAGCUAUUUCCUUCAUUACAAUUUCAAAUUUAUAAUGCAAUUAUAAUUUUAAUUGGUUUUCACCUAAAAACACAGUAGCUUAUUAAAUUAAAACCUACUGCCUGACAUUAAAAUUUCAAUUUUUCUUUUA